CCGCAAAUAUCGCUAUGGCUACUUCACUUCCGCUUCAAGACAGAGUGGCAAUCGUCACCGGCUCAUCCCGCGGGAUCGGCAAAGAGAUCGCACUUCAUCUAGCUUCACUUGGCGCCAGACUAGUCAUCAACUGCACCUCCAACUCACACCUCGCUGACUCAGUCGCUGCUCACAUCAACGCAAACCAACUCACUCCACGAGCCAUAACCGUCUGCGCUGACGUGUCAGAUCCGGAGUCCGUUAAGUCUCUCUUCGACUCCGCCGAAGAAGCCUUCAACUCGCCGGUUCACAUUCUCGUCAACUCAGCCGGUGUCGUCGACGUACAUCUACCAAGCAUAGCAAAUACAACAGACGAAUCCUUCGAUCGCAUCAUGAACGUGAACGCGAAAGGAGCGUUUCUCUGUGCGAGAGAAGCGGCGAACAGACUAAAACGCGGCGGCGGAGGGAGGAUCAUACUUCUGACGACGUCACUAGCAGCUGCUUUUAAGCCAGGUUACGGCGCGUACACGGCAUCGAAGGCGGCGGUGGAAGCGAUGACAAAGAUUCUAGCUAAAGAGUUGAAGGGGACGGGGAUUACAGCGAAUUGCGUGGCGCCGGGACCUGUUGCGACGGAGUUGUUCUUAGAAGGGAAGACGGAGGAGACGGUGAAGAUGAUUGCGGAAGGGAAUCCUUUUGGUAGAAUUGGUGAGACCAAAGAUAUUUCUCCUGUUGUUGGAUUUUUAGCCACUGAUUCUGCUGAAUGGGUCAAUGGUCAAAUUAUUCGUGUCAAUGGUGGCUAUGUUUAGUUUUUAGUUGGUUUUUAUUACUGUUAUUUAUUUAUAAUUUGAAUCUUUUGAACAAUUUAAGUUAGCAUGUUAUAUUGCCCACCCUUUUGUACAUGAUUACAGAUGAAAGAAAAGGAUGCAAGCAAGCAAUCCUAAUGAAAGAUAUUAUGGUAAGCUAAAACUGUAUUGUGAAGUUAUUCAAAUAUCACAUGGAAAAUACAGACCAUUAGUAGAUUAGUACCUGAACAAAAUAUUUCAUAACCUAGAAUUAAUAUUGCACAUUAAUUAAGAUGGCAUUGAAAACAAAAUGUGAGUUAAUCAAACAUCGCAGCAGAGUGUAGAAACCAACAAAUGAUAUAGAAAACAAAAUUGAGAAUAAUCUAAUGUGGAAGAUUUGAAUUUUCGUUAACUAUAGAAAAUGUAAUGUGCUGUAACAAAACCGAGAGCUCUAACUAACAAAUAAAUGAAAAAUAGCCGUAGCAAAACCGAGAGCUCUAACUAACAAAUAAAUGAAAAAUAACAGCAAUUUCUCAAGUCGCGUGUUCCAUAUACCAUAAAUCAAGAGUAACCCAGUAAGUCAUCAAUAGUAAUAACUAAUUCCUUAACUUAUAGGUUGCAGCGGAGUCUCAUAACGAGGUCACAUAGCACAACAUCUACAAAGGUGAUAUCAAGCUCUCAACAUAGACUUCUUGUGUCACCAUUUCACUACGGAUGUUGUUUUGAAAUUUAGAAAUCUUAAAAGUAUUAUUUAUGGAAUCAUAAACAACCAAACUAUUAAUCCCUAACUCCGUACACUCCAUCAACACUUUGUCAUUCUCUGAAAUAUAUAAUGCUCUGUUAUAGCCAGAAAAACCACAUUCUACCGUGUGAGGAACAGUUAACAAUUUAGUCCAAGAAUUUUCAUUUCCAUAUUCCUUCAUAAUCCAAACAUCAGAAAACCUGACCUUCCGAGAGAGGAGAGACAAACAACCCCUCAAUGU